AAAUCAUGCUUAUUUAAAUUGAUAACACAUUUUUUUUACUCGAAGCGAGAAUGAUGACGUUAUAAAACAAAGAUAAAGCAAAGCCUCUUUCUGGUUUAUCUAAAUUGAUAAAAAUGUACAUUGGAAUUUAUCGAUUGAUUCCCCAUAUGUGAGAAAAGAAUGAUGGAUCAAAAAAGAGUGGUCAUACAAUGGGAUGAACUCAUGCUUGGUGGCGUUGGUGCUGCUGUUGCCGGUUUUUUUACAAAUCCAUUGGAUGUUAUUAAAACACGUAUACAAUUGCAAGGGGAAUUACAAGCUCGUGGUCAUUAUCAAGUACAUUAUCGUAAUGUAUUCCACGGUUUCUAUCAGAUGGCACGUAAUGAAAGUUUUGUGUCAUUACAAAAAGGCUUUGUGCCUGCUAUUUGGUUUCAAUUCCUGAUGAAUGGUUGUCGUUUUGGCCUCUAUCAAGUUUGUGAUAAUUUACAAUUAACUCGCAAUAAUAAGGGUGAUGUUAUAUUUUAUCGUUCCAUCAUUUGUGGUGUUGGCAGCGGUAUGAUUGGAUCAUUUAUCGGUUCGCCAUUCUAUCUGGUUAAAACGCAUCUGCAAUCGCAAUCCGAAUCAUCAAUCGCUGUCGGUCAUCAGCAUAAACAUACAUCAAUGAUGGGUGGUUUUCGUUCAAUAUAUCAACAAAACGGUGUGAAAGGAUUGUGGCGUGGUUCGGUGGCAUCGAUGACUCGUGUAUCGGUUGGUGGAUCAAUUCAAUUGACGUCAUUCGCAACGGUGAAAACAUAUUUGGAUAAAAAACAAUGGAUCGAUGUUGAUAGCUGGUAUGGAACAUUAUUGAGCGCAAUGAUUGGCAGUUGCUUUGUGGUGGUGUCGAUGACACCUUUCGAUGUCAUAUCCACUCGGCUUUAUAAUCAACCUGUUGAUCCGAAAAGUGGAAAGGGCCAAUUAUAUCGUGGCAUAAUGGAUUGUAUGUUUAAAAUAUUUCGCACCGAAGGUAUUCUAGGAUUUUAUAAAGGAUUCGGUGCCUCGUUUCUACGUUUAGGACCACACACACUUUUAUCCAUAUUUUUUUGGCAAUUAUUUCGCAAAGAAUAUUUAUUAUAUUUCAAACAACAACAAGAUCAAAACAGUUAGUCUAUUGUUAGUAUUUAGGAAAAACUUGAAAAUAUAAUUA